GAAAAUUUUAGAGGACGAAAAAUAAUGUUUUCAAACAAGCGUAAAACACGAAAUUGCACAAAAAGCAAGUUUGGUGGAAGUCCUAACCCUCUUGCAAAUACAGAACCACCCACAAACAGACAGAUUAUUCAAGAUUUUUAUUUUCUUAACAAUACUUAUCCAAGUUAUUGCUUUAGCGUAAUUGUAAAACUUAUAGCUGAAAAAAUAAUCAUGAUAUGGAAAAAAGUUAACACUCGACUACCAUUAAUGUCCACUUAUUGUGUAGAAAAAAAGUCGGAGUACUUCUAAACAUAUCUAGGUUAAUUAACCGAAGUAAAUGCAAAGUGUUAACAGAAAAAAACACUUCUAAAAAAUUGGAUAGGCUUUUUGAUAUCAGUUCCUGCACAUGUGAUCUUAAAGUUGUUUUUUGUGGUGAUAAAAAUAUAAAAUGUAGUCAUAACAAUUGUCAUGAUACUCAUAUUUUAUGCACAUGUAGUCCAGAUAAAAAAAUUCCUGUAAAAGAAAGGUUAUAUUUAAAAGACCAGAGAGAAAAGUCAGGUCCAAAAGGAUCAUUUCAACUUGGCUCAGUAGAUCAUGAAUGGUCUAGAAAAGAAUCUUUAAAAAAACAUAAAACUGAAUAUAAAAAUGUGGAAGAAUCAUUACAAGAAGAAAAUUUUAAUUUACUUCCAGAAAUAGUAUUACCAGAAUCUGAUUCAGAAUCUGUCAUUUCUAGCUCUAGUGAGAUAUGGGAGCCUGAAAGAAAUCCAUCUAGAAUUUAAAAUCUUUAGAAGUUUCCAAAGUUUGCUAUUGAAUUGAUCAGGAACGAUAUAGGAAGUUAUGCACGAUCUAUCAGGACUGUUUAAUGAUCCAGCAAUAAUAUCAACUUUAGUUUUAGACAAAUCCAAAAUAGACAGACAAAAAAAGUCAGUUAAAGUAUUGUCAGACUUAAAAUCUGUUGAAAAUAACAGAGAGUUUAUUUGCCUUGGUGUUGACGGUAAAAUUGAUAAUGAAACUUUAGUUAUAAGAGAAAUAAAAAAAGAAGAUGGCGAGGUUGUGUUAAAGAGAUCAACAGAAAAAGAACAUCACAUUACUGUGACUGAAGAACCUCUCCCUAACCUUUACAGUGGGGAGUAUCUUACUCACAAAGUUUUACCUCUUGUUGGAGCAACAGGAAAAAAGCAAGCUCAGUGUCUAUAUGAAGUUCUUGAAGAGUAUGAUUAUUUAAACACUCUAAAAGCAGUUUUGGUAGACAAUACUUCAACAAACACAGGUCAUAAAGCAGAAAUGGUUGUGGAGUUAGAGAAAAAACUUGGAAGAAAACUUCAGACUAUAGGCUGCAAUCUUCAUCAGAAUGAGCUUCCUUUUAGAUCUUUGUUUAAAAAAAUUGAUGGAGCAACAAAUUCACCAAACCAUUUUGCUGGACCAAUAGGUAAAAUGGCAAAUAUCAAUAAUGAGCUUAAUUUAGUUGUUAAUUUUGGUGUUAUUAAGUCUCCAAUUAUUAUUUUAGAAAAAGAAAUUUUAGACGAUUUAAGUAGUGACCAAAGGCUUUUAUAUGAAUAUUGCAUUGGAAUUGCCACUGGAAAUAUGAGUGUUAAAUAUUCAAGUUAGAAAAUUAGUCCCCUAAAUCAUUCUCGUUGGUUAACAUUGGCAAUCCAGUUGAUGUCUUUAUAUGUCCGAGUAGUAGUUCCUGAUUCUGAACUAAUUAUUUUGGUAACUUAUGUUGUCCAAGUUUAUGUUCCUACAUGGUUCCUCCAUAAAAAGAGCAAUAAGUUACACGAAGCUCCAUCAAUUAUACAUUUUAUGAUUAACCAAAUCAAGCUCCAAGGAAAAGAGGUGCAAGAUAUUUGCUUAGCAAACUUAAGGUUCAAUUCCUUUUGCUUACUUUCUGAGAAUAUUUUGUACUCAAUGUUAAAGUCAGAAGAAGUAUAUAUCAUAAAUAUUUUUGAUGAAGACAUAGAUAAACCAGCAACAACUCAAGAUUUUACUAAUAAAGAGAUUGCAGAAAAGUUGUUGUCUGGAGAAAAAAUUGACCUCCCAGAUCUUCCUUCACAUUCACAGAGUGUUGAGAGAUCUGUACAACUUGUUUCCAUGGCUUCUCAUACUGUUUUUGGAAAGGAAGCAUGUCAUAAGCAUAUUUUAGCAAAAAUUCUAAGCAGAAAGCAUAGAAAGAGUUUUAUGUCUAAAUGUUAUUAUGGUGAGACAUAAGAUGAUAUUUUAUGAUAAUUUAAAAACUAAUUUAUUGCUACUUGUGUAUGUAAAAAUAAAAUUUAACAAAAAUGUAUUAUAAUUUUCGAGUUAGUC